CUGAGCCAUCUUGUAUUUAGCAAGAACAAAACCAGAGCGAGGAGCCGCGGCAGCCUUGUCAGGGGGAGCCGCAGAUCGUCACUCAGAUCCCGGGGAGAGGUUGAACACGUGUCGGUGCAGCGGGACAGCAUGAGCCGAGGAGAAGCCCCGCGGACAAACAGCAGCCACACCCCGCUCCAGCGCUAGCCCCACCGCUAGCCUCGAGCUAUCACCGCUAAGCUAGCCAAUUAGCUAAGGCUAGUGACCCAGGAACGUUGAAGCGGUGACCGGCGAGUCUACGGCUCGGUUCCCGGCUCGGACGCCGUGAGCCUUCUCCACAGUGGGCGCUGCAUUCAGGGGGAGUUCGGCGGGAAUGGCCCGGGCGUCGUGUUGAUCUUCCGCGGAGAGUAAACCGGGCUAUGCGGCUGGAGGCUCGCUAGCUCGGCUGCUAACAGUUGUUUUUCGGUCCAGAGAGGAACCACAAUAAGCCGCGGCCCUGGCCAUGCCCGCAAGUAUACGGGCGGGCAAUCUGAAAGACCCCGAGGUGGCGGACCUCUUCUGCAAAGAUGAUCCGGAGAUUCUGUUCGCUGACCUCCGUGAGAUCGGCCACGGCAGCUUUGGAGCUGUGUAUUUUGCCCGAGAUGUGCGCAACAAUGAGGUGGUGGCCAUCAAGAAGAUGUCGUACAGCGGCAAGCAGACAAACGAGAAAUGGCAGGACAUCAUUAAAGAGGUGAAGUUCCUGCAGAAGCUUCGCCACCCGAACACCAUCGAGUAUCUGGGAUGUUACCUGAAGGAGCACACAGCAUGGCUGGUGAUGGAGUACUGCCUCGGCUCGGCCUCGGACCUGCUCGAAGUUCACAAAAAGCCGCUUCAAGAAAUGGAAAUAGCUGCUAUUACCCACGGUGCACUGCAGGGAUUAGCAUAUCUUCACUCUCACAAUAUGAUUCACAGGGACGUGAAAGCAGGCAACAUCCUGCUGACGGAGCCGGGUCUGGUCAAACUGGGCGACUUCGGCUCUGCCUCCAUCGUGGCUCCGGCCAACUCCUUCGUGGGGACUCCGUACUGGAUGGCUCCGGAGGUGAUCUUGGCCAUGGACGAGGGUCAGUAUGACGGCAAGGUGGACGUCUGGUCGCUGGGCAUCACCGCCAUAGAGCUGGCGGAGAGGAAGCCCCCGCUCUUCAAUAUGAAUGCUAUGAGUGCCUUAUAUCACAUCGCUCAGAACGAGAGCCCCAUCCUCCAGUCCAACCACUGGUCCGAUUCCUUCCGCAACUUUGUCGACUCCUGCCUACAGAAGAUUCCCCAGGACCGGCCUACCUCGGACGUGCUGCUCAAUCAUCGGUUCUUGUGCCGCGAGCGUCCUCUGACCGUGAUCAUGGACCUGAUCGCACGAACCAAGGAUGCGGUGCGGGAGCUGGACAACCUGCAGUACCGCAAGAUGAAGAAGAUCCUCUUCCAGGAGACCCAGCAGAACGGCCCGGUGUCCGAGGGGGGGGAUGAGGAGGAGGAGGUGGAGCAGUACCUGUUGCGGACAGGCACCGUCAACAGUAUGGAGAGCUCCCAGUCAGUUCCCAGUAUGUCCAUCUCAGCCAGUUCUCAGAGCAGCUCUGUCAACAGCCUGGCCGACGCCUCUGACGACAGCAGCAAUGAGAUGGCCAUGAUGCAGGAGGGCGAACACACCGUCACGUCCAACAGCUCCAUCAUUCACCGGCCCACGGGUCAGGAUAACAUCUAUGACGACCCUUACCAACCUGAGAUGGACCAACCCCAGGUUCCCUCGGCUGGACGCCGUCGAGCCUACUAUCGUAACCGGGACCACUUUGCCACCAUCAGAACUGCCUCCUUGGUGACCCGUCAGAUCCAGGAGCACGAGCAGGGCUCCGCUCUGCGAGAACAGAUGUCCGGAUACAAACGAAUGAGGCGGCAGCACCAGAAGCAGCUGAUGGGGCUGGAAAACAAGCUGAAGGCGGAGAUGGAUGAGCACCAGCUGAAGCUGGACAAGGAGCUGGAGAACCAGAGGAACAGCUUCUCCACCGAGGCUGACAAGCUGUCCAAGAAGCACCAGGCCAUCCUGGAGAAAGAGACGAAAGCAGCUCUGGCCGAGGAGAAGAAGUUCCAGCAGCACAUACAGGGUCAGCAGAAGAAAGAACUGACCAGUUUACUGGAGUCACAAAAACGCCAGUAUCGCCAACGCAAGGAUCAGCUGAAAGAGGAGCUGAGCGAGAACCAGUCGACGCCGAAGCGCGAGAAGCAGGAGUGGCUGAUCCGGCAGAAGGAGUGUUUGCAGCAGAUGCAGGCGGAGGAGGAGGCCAGUCUGCUCCGGAGGCAGCGGCAGUACUACGAGCUGCAGUGUCGUCAGUACAAGAGGAAGAUGCUGCUGGCUCGACACAACCUGGAGCAGGACCUGCUCCGAGAGGACCUGAACAAGAAGCAGACGCAGAAAGACCUGGAGUGCGCCAUGUUGCUGCGACACCACGAGUCCACCCAGGAGCUGGAGUUCAGGCAGCUGAGCUCCGUGCAGCGAACUCGGGCCGAACUGAUCCGAACGCAGCACCAGACCGAGCUGACCAACCAGAUGGAGUACAACAACCGGCGUGAGCAAGAACUUCGCCAGAAACACACCGUGGAAGUCCGGCAGCAGCCCAAGAGCCUCAAGACCAAAGAGAUGCAGAUCAAGCGUCAGUUCCAGGAGACGUGUAAGAUCCAGACCCGUCAGUACAAAGCUCUGAGGAACCACCUGCUGGAGAGCACUCCCAAGUCCGACCACAAGGCCGUCCUCAAACGCCUCAAAGAGGAGCAGACGCGUAAGCUGGCCAUCCUGGCCGAGCAGUACGACCACUCCAUCAACGACAUGCUGUCCACACAGGCUCUGCGACUGGACGAGACCCAGAUGGCGGAGUACCAGGUGCUGCGGAUGCAGCUGCAGCAGGAGCUGGAGCUGCUCAACGCCUACCAGAGCAAGAUCAAGAUCCACACGGACACGCAGCACGAGCGGGAGGUGAAGGACCUGGAGCAGAGGGUGUCCAUCCGCCGAGCGCUGCUGGAGCAAAGGAUCGAGGAGGAGAUGCUGUCGCUGCAGAACGAGCGGUCGGAGAGAAUCCGGACCUUGCUCGAGCGCCAGGCGCAUGAGAUCGAGGCCUUCGACUCGGAGAGCAUGCGGCUCGGCUUCAGCAACAUGGCGCUGACCGGCAUCCCCGCCGAGGCCUUCAACCAGGGCUACCCCACCCCCAGCCCCUCGUCGGGCUCCAGCGGCUGGCCCUCGCGGCCCGUCCCGCGCUCGGGCAGCCACUGGAGCCACAGCGUGCAGAACUCAGUGGCCACUCCAUCCUGGCGCAGUCAGAACCACGGAGGAGGUGGAGGUGGAGGAGGAGGAGGAGGAGGUGGAGGAGGUGGAGGAGGUGGAGGAGGAGGAGGAGGAGGAUUCAGCCGUGCCGAGUCCAUCACCUCCUCCCACGGCAUCGGCAGGGACAGCGAGAUGAACAAGGGCAGCAGGGGCCACUCGUCCUCCCACCAUCACCACCACCACCACCACCACCACCAGCAGCAGCAGAUGCAGCAGCAGCAGCAGCAGAUGCAGCAGCAGCACUACCUCCCCCAGCACUACCAGCACCACCAGAGCACGCCACAGCUCUACCGCGACAGCCAUGAGCGCGACCCCCGGGAGCGUGAACGUCCCAGGGAGUGGGUGGGAGGAGGAGGGGGGCACUACUCCCAUCACCCCCAGGGACACCACCACCACCACCUCUCCACCCACGCCUCCUCCCAGUCCCUGGCGCUUCUUCCACCACCGCCGCCUCCUCCCCCCAUCUCCCUCUCCUCCUCCUCUCCCCCCUCCUCCUCAUCCUCCUCCUCGUCACAAGGAUGCUACGCAGGCGGGGGCCUGAGCGUCAGGGGCCCCAAUCUGAUGGCCCUGAGAAACAGCCCCCAGCCUCUGAGGAGGACGGCCUCGGGGGGGCCAGGGAGUGGUGGGGGGAGCGACGGUGGGCUCAGCCGGAGCACAUCCGUCACCUCCCACAUUUCUAACGGCUCCCACCUCUCCUACUCAUGAAACCUCUCGAGUCACAUGGUCACGAGGAGCAGCAGCAAGUCAAGAGAAGAGAGAACGAUUUUUAAAGUCUACAUUUUCAGAUCUCAUUUCUUAAAGUGGAGAAGAGAGAGAGGAAGCUUUUAUCAAAACAGAAACUAGUAUUAACCCCCCCCCCCCCAUAGUAAUGGCGAUGAAACAAAACAGUCCAAAAAAAGUGGCCAAAUCCAAGAAGAAAAGGAGUUCACACAGUGAAGCUGUUGCACAGAAGUGACUCUGCAGUGAGAUGUUGGAGGAGACGUCCCCGAGGUCCCAGUCCGUCAGCUGCUCCCAGUUGAAGCAGGUGGAUGUUCAGGUCACAUGUUUUUUUUAAUCCGUUAUUUUGUGGAGUUCCACUUUGUCUGCUGGUGAUUUAAAAACCACUGUAACUAUGUAAAUACCAGUCGAUUGUAAACCUGGUUUCUCCGUGUUCCAUACGCUCAGACGAGAUGUUACAAAACACACUGCCAUCUUUUUGUUAGGAAACUCGACCACUGCCCUUUGACCUCCUUAAAGGAACCUCCCACAUUUUGGGUCAUGAGCUCGAGAGCUGACUUCACCAUCUUCUUAAGUGAAGAUUUUUAUAAAUCAGUUAUUAGUAUAAUUAUUUUUUGCAGAAACACUGGAAGCAGGAAACUUCCAAGUCUUUAAAACAUCUUCAAAACCGUCACAUCCUCACAAGAAGAAGAACCAGCCUCGUUUGCUUCAGGUCUUACGGUAACGGUUAUUUGUAACUCUUCAGUGCUCCUGUACCGUAAAACCUCAAAUAAACAAGCAUCACAUUUUCGAUGACCGUCUCCGUUAUCAAUAUAUACGUUUUUUGAUAUAUAUAUAGUUAUAAAACCUUAUCACAAAGACAUGUCAUUGAGGUUUAAUAUUUUACAGUUUAAACAUUACACUUUGUUAUAAAUUGUUCUAAAAGAAUACAAAAUAAUUUUGAAGCUGUUGUAAAAGUUUUUAUGUUUUUAGUAUUUCUUCUUUUUUUGAGCUGCAGUAAUUGAACUUGAUGAGACGAUGACAUCAUCUCCUCUCACUGCAAAAACCAGAAUCUCCAAAAUGUGGGAGUGUUCCCUUCAGGAGAUGCUGCCAGAAAGUGUGAAUGUGUGCGAGUAUGGAUGUGUGUGUGUGUGUGUGUAUGGAUCGUGUGUGUGCGCAGCACUGACAGCUUCACUCGCCCCCCCCCCCCCAAGUUUCUCUGCAUCUGUAGAUAAAAUGAUAAAAUGUACAUGUGCUUAAACAGAUUAGUACAACUCGGUGCAUGGAGCCUGUACAGACGCAUUUGUAUGAAUAACAUGCACACUACCUAUUUAUAUAAAUGCAUAUAAAUGUCAGAUACCUGUGUAAAUGUGGCAGCAGGUAUCCUGAAGAUUGUUCACUGUCAAACACGUACUUAUAUCAUUGUACAUAGAAGCACUAACUUCUUCUGAGACCGUGUUUGAGUAAUACUGACCAUUACUUUGUCACGUGACUCCUACAGAUUUGUCCUAGAAGCAGACGAAUAGAUGCUGUCAUGAUUAUUUCUUCUACUGCAGGUGGAAUAUUUAUGUUACGCUUACUUCUAAGUUUUAAAAUGUUAUUGCCAUUUUUGACCACUAGGUGGGGAAUAAGCGCAAUGUUACUGUGAUAGAGCUAUAAAUAUAAAUCCUAGUGUUUUUAAGGAGGAGAAAAGGACUACGUUUCCCAGCAUUCCUGUGGAGGUCUCAGGGCGAGGUUCUGGGCUUUGAUCUUUAUUUUAGUUUCUUUGAGCCAGUAUUAAAACAUCGAGCGUCACAGUCGAGCUGAAUCACCGACAAAUAUCCAGAUUCUUUUACUAAGUUUGGUGCCAUAUUUUUAUUCUUUUUAUUUUUUAUUGUAUGUGACAUUUUGCUCUUUACUGUGCGAAACGUUACGUUUGCUGCAAAACAUGGAGCCCGAAAAGUGUUCGGUAUUAGAUACAUGAAAAAAGAAGAAAAUGAUGACAUUUAAAAAACUCAAUAAAUGACAAAACAAA